UUGGCGCUGCCUGCCCGCCGCCCCGGAAGGCGCUGGGCUCGAACCGGGGCCGCGGCGGCUCCGCCAGGCUCUCCCCGGAGGAUCAGCAGGAGCCGCCUCGGGGGCCUGAGAUUGAAGAUGGGCCGGCGCUCCUCGGACACGGAGGAGGAGAGCAGGAGCAGGAGGAAGAAGAAGCACCGCAGGCGCUCCUCCUCCAGCAGCUCCUCGGACAGCCGGACCUACAGCCGCAAAAAAUCGGGAAGGAAAUCCAGGUCGAGGUCGCGCUCUCGGGAUCUCCAGUCUUGGUCCCAUUCCUAUGAGAAAAGGCGCAGACACAGAUCCAGCAGCAGCUCUUCCUACGGCUCCAGGAGGAAGCGCAGCCGCUCCAGGGGCAGGGGCAAAUCCUACAGGUCCCAGAGAUCCAGGUCAAAGAGCAGAACCAGGAGGUCCCGCUCCCGGGCCCGGCAGCGUUCCUACAGCCGCAGCAGCGAGAGGUCCGGCCACAGGAGAACCCCCAGCGGCUCCCGGGAGCACCGCAAGGCCAAGGACAGGGACAAGGACAAAGCCAAGGCCAAAGGGAAGGAGAAGGAGAUUUACGGCACCAAGGUUGGGGACUCUGCAAACAUCAAAGCUGGAUUAGAACAUCUGACUCCUGCCGAACAGGCCAAAGCCAGGCUGCAGCUGGUGCUGGAGGCAGCUGCUAAAGCAGACGAAGCGUUGAAGGCCAAGGAGAGAAGUGAAGAAGAAGCCAAGAGAAGAAAGGAAGAAGACCAAGCCACCCUCCUCGACCAAGCGAAGCGAGCGAAGGAAAUUGAAGCCAUUGAGAGCGACGCCUUCGUCCCACAGACCUUCAGGUCGAGCAAAGAAGUCAAAAAGUCAACAGAACCUGCUGAAGUCCAGCAGGAGCCUGUGAAUGUGGGAGCAGGAGCCACCGAGGCAGCAGCUCCUGAGAAAGAGCCUCCAGCUGCCAACAUUCCCACUGCCAUCAAAUACCAGGAUGACAAUUCCUUAGCACAUCCAAAUCUGUUCAUCGAGAAGGCAGAGGCUGAGGAGAAGUGGUUCCAGAGGUUGGUUGCUCUGCGCCAGGAGCGGCUGAUGGGGAGCCCCGUGGCCUGACAGCUCCCAGGACCAUCCCAGGCCAGUUCCCACACGGAAUUCCUACACUCAGCUGUUCCUUUUGUCCCUUAGAGGAGAUCUGGAUGAUCUGAGCAGGCUGGGAGUGUUUCACCUGGAUAACCAGGACUGUUCUGUCCUGGAUAACCAGAAAUGUUCUGUUCUGGUUCCCCUGGAUAACCAGGACUGUCCUGUCCUGCUCCACCAGGAUAACCAGGAAUGUUCUGUCCUGGAUAAUCAGGAUUGUUCUGUCC